AUUCCAGAAAAAGAGAAGGGAGAAAAAAGUGGUGCAACUUCGAUACAAAGUAAAGUUAGAUCUUCGCGAGGAGGAGAAGCGUAACAUUAUUGUACCGAGAGUCGCAAAAUUUCUUUACUAAAGAGUGAUAAAUUUCUAGUUCAUUCCAUAUAUAUAUAUACAAUCAAAUUUAAAUAUUUAUUACAAUGUCUGACUGGGAAACAGUUACUAUAAUCCGUAAAAAAGCACCUAAAGCCUCCCAUUUAAAAAGUGAGCAAGCUGUAAAUAGGGCCAGAAGAGAAGGUGCCCCUGUUGAAACACAACAGAAAUGGGGCGGAGGACAAAAUAAGCAACAUGCUACUACCAAGAACACUGCCAAGUUGGAUAGAGAAACAGAAGAAUUGAAGCAUGAUAAAGUGUCUUUAGAUCUUGGCAAAGUCAUACAGCAGGGUCGUCAGGCAAAGGGCUGGAGUCAGAAGGAUUUGGCUACUAAAUGCAAUGAGAAACCUCAAGUUAUAAAUGAUUACGAAGCUGGUCGAGGCAUUCCAAACCAAGCUGUAAUUGGGAAAAUAGAAAGAGCCUUGGGAAUAAAACUUCGUGGUAAGGACAUGGGCAGCCCGUUACUGCCCCCUGGAGCCAAGAAUUGAGUUCCUGGGGGCAGAACCGAUCUCACACACCAGACACUGCUGGCCGCACGCCGCAGUCUCCUGCCCUCACUACAUGGGCCAUCACAUUGCAUCGUUACUGCAGUCCUCUACUUAGCUACAAAAUUGAUAACCAAAUAACAGACGUAGGUGUGUGCACAUUAUAUUGUCAUUUCAACUUCCUUUAUAAAAUUCUACAAUCCCGGCUGUUUUUUGUUAUUUUUUUACUUCUAAUGUUUGAUAAAUAAAUAUGUUUAACAGUA